AUGAAUAUUCUACAAACAAGAAAGGCAUACAAGGCAAUCUACUGUUUAAUUGCGUUCGUGGGAGCUACACUUUUUGACAUCUUGAAUGUAGCGAAUCCAGACUUGAAGGGCAUUCAAUGUCCUCGAUAUGUAUUUGACUAUUCAGAUGUUCCUGAUUAUCUUUAUGGCUAUAUGGACGGUUCGAUUUUGAUACAUAAGGUACAUACUGCAAAGGAAGUAGCCUUCUAUCAUAUGUUUAGUGAAUGUAUAUUUAAUCUUAAACAUACCUAUGAUAAGAUCAAUCAUUUUCUAAGGACUAAUAAAAGUAACAUUACUACGCUUGUUGGAGAUGAGAAAUGGAAGGAGAUCGUCGAUACCGUAGAAACUACACGGAAAAACGUGCUACAGGCAAUUCAGGACGAGGGCAAGAGCAUCGAGUCGACUACAUUUGACAUGUGGAAGGAGCUUUACGAAUUCAAGGAUGUUAAGGGGAACACCACAGCCGAAGAGCUUGCAGAGGUUUCCAGAUUCACAGCUAGGGGAGAGCUGAAGUUGCAUGUUGACCAAGAGUCCCUACAGCAGGCGGAUGCAAAGCUCAUGUCCAUCAUAGACACCAAAAAGAAUGCGAUCUUGACAUCCAUAAGAGAUGCGGAGGAGAAGAUUUAUGCUCUUAUAAGUAGUGGGAUAAAUGAGUCCAGUUUUUUGCGUAUCCAAUGCUGA